AUGUCACAACAAUCUGAUUCCUCCUCUCCCAAGAAGAUGUCCUCCACUGAUGGUCCUAACGCCAUUCCAAAAAUUGAAUCGGUUAACCCUAAUCAAGUUCUUGAUAUUACUCUGUUAAUAAUGGUUAACACUAAUGAUCUCACAAUCAAGAAACCUCGGACCUCUAAUGCAAGGAGACCUAAGGAAUCUGUUCGUGCCAAGGCCACAAAUUCUUCAUCGUCCACUCCUCUCGAGGAUUUAAACAAGGAAGGAUCAAGGUACGCUCAUAAUUCCAUUGCUAAAAUUGUAACUCAUAUCUUGAAUGAACAACAUCAAGUCCCUGGGAUAUCUGUUUCGCUGCAAACUAUAAUUCCUGAACCUGUUGUUGUUACUAAGACAAAAAUCAGAGGGAAGUCCUCUAAUGAUGAUGAUGUCCACAUUGUUAAUGAGGAUGUGCACAAAGACAAUGAUGAUGAAGAUGUCAAAGAGGAUGUCAAUGACAUUUGGAAUACUGGUGCUGAUGUUGGUAUAGGUACAGCUACAGGUACACAUGUUGUGGACCUUGAUGAAUUCUCAGAUAAGGAUUUGGUAGUUGUUGUGAACCCUAGCAUUGCCAAAAGGCUCAUGACUAGGAGGAAAGUUAAGGCUGCUUUACAAAGUUCUCCCAAGAGAAAGAGUGUUUCUGUUGGUCCAACCAAAUCUUGGAGCAAAGUUAUUCCCAAGAAAAGGAAGGCUCAAGCUAUAGUUAACUCUGACUCUGAUGUUGAUGUUAAUGCUCAAGACAUUCCACUAAGGAAGAAACCAACAACUAGCAAGUUGGCUUCUAGUCUUCCUGAGGUACCCAUUGAUAAUAUCUCCUUUCAUUAUCCUUCCAGUGUCAAUAGGUGGAAAUAUGUUUACCCUAAGAGGAUAGCUUUGGGAAGGGAGUUGGCUCAGAAUGUCCUGGAGAAUAAAGAGACCGUGUAUCUGAUUCAUGAAGCUGGACUAUUGAAAACAGUUGUUCAUUUUCCUACGUGUUAUGAAAUGCUGGUUAAAGAGUUCAUUAUGAAUCUAUCAGAAGACUGCGCUGAUAGAAAAUCAAAGGAUUUUAGAAAAGUGUAUGUAAGAGGAAAAUGUGUUACCUUCUCCUCCACUAUUAUCAACAAUUUUCUUGGAAGAUCUGAUGAAGCUCGACCUGAGCUGGAAGUGACUGACAACAAAAUAUGUGAGGCUAUCACGACUAAGCAGGUGAAAGACUGGCCCCUGAAAGGAAAACUCUCUCCAAGCAAGCUCAGCAUAAAAUAUGCAAUGCUACACAAGAUUGGAGCUGCUAACUGGGUGCCCACAAACCACAAGUCAAUUGUUGCUACUCUGUUGGGAAAGUUUAUAUAUGUUGUUGGAACCAAGACCAAGUUUGACUAUGGUACUUACAUAUUUGAUCAGACAAAGAAGCAUGCAAGGAGUUAUAGUGUGAAGGGUCCCAUUGCCUUCCCAUCUAUCAUAUGUGGUAUAAUUGUGAAUCAGGACCCUAAUAUCCUUAGUGAAAAUGAUUAUGUCUGCAAAAGGGAAAGUGCUAUUUCAUUUCACUACAAACUAUUUCAAGGAACCCAUGUUCCUGACAUUGUCGCAACAUCAACUGGAACAUCCAAAGACAACACAACUACAAGAAAAGCUGAUGUGAUUGCAAUGCUCAGGGAAACAUGUAAGGAGCUAGAGUCCAGAAAACUGGCUCUUGAAAGAUUGAUCAGCUCCCUUGAGAUGGAUGAAGGAGCUGAGUUUGCUGAUGCUAAUAAGGAUGAACAGGGUGAAGAAGAAGGUGAAUCAGAGAGAGAAGUUGAGAAAGAAGUUGGUCAAGAUGAUGACACUGAUGAAGAUUCUGCGGAUGCUAAACUCAGCACCUCUGAGUCUGAAGACUGA